AUGCAUAUGGAAAGCUUUGAGGCUAUAGAGCAGUAUGCAAAUAUUAAUUUUAUUGUCAGUUUUGGUUCUUUUCUCACAAAGGAAAUUGCAGGUAAUCAUUGUGGCUGGGACCAAAAUCUCGAAUUGACCCUGCCAGUGGUGAUAGUUCACGGAAUUUUCUCAUCCAUUGUCAUUUCAGAAAUUAUCAAAAACCUCAUUGUGAGUGAUCAUUUGCCUAACAUGCCUGAGGCAAUUGAUAGACUCUUCAUGGACAUAGAAAAUAUCAACAGGGAUUCUAUGGCUGACAUACAGGAUGCUCAGGUUGAAGAAAUGGCAAUAAACCUGUGGAAUUGGGCAGUUACCAAGAAAGUAAAUUUGGUUAUAAAUGACGACCAGAAAGCUAAAUUACGGCAUGUUGCUUGCAGGUUGGUGUGUAUGUGUGAAAGCUUAGCUGUUUCGGAAGAAGGUAUUCGAAGACACAUUUUGAUGAAUAUGAAAACAGGAAAAGGGUGGGUGGAUGUAGGAAAUCCUGUGGUCGCCGAUGAAUUUUUUCAAGCUGCCAUGGCUGGUCUGGAGCAAAUGUAUGGCAGAAUAAUGCAGAAGAGCUCCACUGAGGCUCACCUGACUAUGCAGAAGACUGCGGUGGAGAGGGACCUUUUCAAAGUGCUGUCUCACCAGGCAGAGUCAGCAGUUGCUCAAGAUGAUUUUCCAAGAGCAUCUUCAUGCAUCCUGCGCUGCAAAGAUAUGUUGAUAAGGCUCCCUAAAAUGACUGGGUAUCUUCACAUCCUCUGUUACAACUUUGGAGUAGAAACCUACAUUCAGAGUAAAUAUGAAGAAAGUGCUUUCUGGCUUAGUCAAAGCUAUGAUAUUGGAAAGAUGGAAAAGAGUUCUGUCGAUCCAGAAAUGCUGGCUAAAGUUCUGCGGUUACUAGCCACUACUUAUUUGGAUUGGAACGACGGAGACUAUUACAAGGCUCUUAGUACUGUAGACCUAGCAAACAAGGAACAUUUACACCCGGCUGGGCUUCACUUAAAGAUGAAAAUCCUCUUGGCGAGCGAAACAGUUAAUGAAGAACUCUUUGGAGCUGGCAUGGAAAUACUACAUCUCAACAUGUCUUUAGACUUCUGUCUGCACAUCGCCAAACAGCUGAUUGAUCACGGAAGAGACUCUGUUGGGUUUACUUUCAUGGAGCUUAUCUGUGAACAUUUCAAGUCAUCAGAAAAUAUUGGAAAAGCUUUAGUGUUCCAGGCUGACAUACUUUUACAAAGGAAAGAAGAGCUACUUGCCAAGGAGAAGAUUGAAGAAAUCAUGAUAGGUCACCAAACAGGAAGAAAACUGACAACAGAAUCAAUAGGCUAUUUACAUGACAUUCUGUGGGAAAAAGCUGCCAGAAAUUUUGAGGUAAAAAGAUAUGAUGAUGCCCUACAGUGGUACUGUUAUUCUCUGAGAUUUUAUGAAAAUGAUCCAAGGGAUCUGGACUUGGCCAAGCUGAAGAGGAACUUAGCUUCCUGUUACCUGCGUUUGGAACUACUCGAUAAGGCUAGAGAAGCAGUGGAAGAAGCUGAAAAAUAUGAUCCUGGAAAUAUUUUCACUCAAUUUUAUGUAUUCAAGAUUUCAGUCAUCGACGGCAACACAGACAGAGCUUUGGAGGCAAUUAUUAAUUUAGAGAGCUUAAUAACACCUGGAGAGGGAAGAGGAGGGUAUAAGCUUGUUAAGGAGAGAAGUACAUCUAUCAUGCUCCUCGGUUUAGCGGCCCAGUUUGCGCUAGAGAAUCAACAGCCAAUUGUGGCAAGAAGAGCUCUGGAAUAUUUAUGUCAAUAUUCAGAAGACCAACAACAAGUCCUUACGGGUUUAAAGUGUUUGUUUCGUCUUGUUCUUCCAAAAGUUCCUGAAAUACUGGCAUCUGAAAACAGAAAAGAAGAACUGGAUAGAUUUUUGAUUUACUUGAAUACAGCGUACGUGCACCUUGCUAAGUGUUUUAACGGAAGAGCCUCAACUUCAGAUUCAAGGAUUAAUGAUGCUCAUUGGUUUCGAAAAAUAGCUUGGAACAUGGCCGUGCAAUGUGACAAAGACUCAGUGAUGAUGAGAGAGUUUUUCAUGCUUUCCUAUAAGCUGUCCCAGUUUUGUCCUUCUGAUCAAGUAAUUCUGAUUGCUCAGAAAACAUGUUUACUGAUGGCAUCUGCAGUUGAUCUAGAGCAAGGGAAAAAAGCGUCAACACCUUUUGAGCAGACCAUAUUACUGAAUCGCGCACUUGAGCAGAUCGAAAAAUGCAGAGAAGUCUGGAAUCUCCUGAAAGAAACAGGGGACUUCUCAGAUGAUCCAUGUGAGAAAUUGCUUCUGCUGUAUGAGUUUGAAGUUAAAGCCAAAAAGAACGAUCCGUCACUGGACACCGUCCUGGAAUCGUUGUGGCAAAUACCUAACGUGGAGAGUAAAACAUUGGAGACGAUCGCAUCAAUAGCCAUGGAAACGCCUGCGCGCUAUCCUUCCAUCGCUCUAAAGGCCUUGAAAAGGGCUUUAUUGCUCCACAAAAUAAAAGAAUCAGUCAAUGUUUUGAAAUACAGCCAAUGUAUGCACAACUUGAUUAACGUCUUAGUGCCGGAUCGGGUGCCAGGUGAAGAACUCUGUCCCCUAGAAGAAAUUUUGGGCUAUUUUGAAGAUGCUGUGAGCUUUAUUAGCCAACACGUAAGUCAAACAGAAGGCUACCCUGAAAUGGAGGUCCUCUGGCUGAUGAUCAAAUCCUGGAAUGUUGGAAUAUUUAUGUACAGCACGCGCAAGUUUGUCACUGCCGAAAAAUGGUGUGGCCUGGCGAUGCGUUUCCUCGACCACCUUGGCUCCCUCAAGAGAAGCUACGAAACUCAGAUGAACUUUCUAUUCAGUAAACUCGUGGAGGCAUUACAUCUGAAUGAGGGCUCGGUUUUCCAUGAAGAGUGACAGGCAUGUGAGCAGGCGAGCAGACAGAGGCUGGAAGAAGGUGCGCGGUCCUGAGACAUUGAAUGUUUAAUCGAAGUUUCUCUUAAGCUUUUGCUUCUGUUUUCUCAGGCCCUAGUUUUAUGUUA